AACUGGCUUGGUCUGCAUAUUAGGGAGGCGAGAGGGACAGAGAGAAGAAGUGUCAGCUCUGAGCUGCCUGCGAGGCGUCUGGGGAGCGUGGAGGUGUGGCUGGGCCCGUAGGCAGGGGCAGAGCUUUCCGGAGGGGCUUGUGGUGGCAUCGCUUUCAGAGCAUCGGGUUCUACCGCCCUGCUGGGAGGAAGCGCCCUGCAGACGUCUUUGCAGAAGCCACAGGCCCUGGAGGAAGUGAGCCGCUUGCCCCUGCCUCCCGGGCGGCCCCUGCCGAUUUGCUCUGGAACCCGGGACCACCAGCGCUUGAGCCCGUGGCCUUUGUUUCCCUGAGUGGAGGAAGCAGCCAGGGCCAGCAAGGCAGCGAUGGAGCCGGAGUCCCUCUACAACCUGCUGCAGAUCCCCGGGAAGGUGGACCCACCGGCGGAGGAAGAGCUCUCACAAGGAGAGAAGAGGAAGUUCCUGCCCCCCACUUCCCGGAAUAACCCCAAAUUUGAAGAAUUGCAAAAGGUGUUAAUGGACUGGAUCAACGCCGAGCUCCUCCCGGAGCACAUCGUGGUCCGCAGCCUGGAGGAGGACAUUUUCGACGGGCUCAUCCUGCACCACCUUUUCCAGAAGCUGAGCGGACUCAAGCUGGACGUGGAGGAGAUCGCCUUGACCGCAGCCAGCCAGAGGCGCAAGCUCACAACAGUCCUGGAGUCUGUGGGCCAGAGCCUGCAGGUGGAGGAGCCACAGGCCAAGUGGGGUGUGGAGAGUAUCUUCAGCAAGGACCUGCUGGCCACCCUGCAUCUCCUCGUGGCCCUGGCCAAGCGCUUCCAGCCCGACCUGCCCCUCCCGACCAACGUGCAGGUGGAGGUGAUCACCAUGGAGCGCACCAAGAGUGGCCUGAAGUCAGAGAAGUCGGUGGAGCAACUGACUGAGUGCGGCACAGACAAGGACCAACCGUCAAAGGACGUCUUUGAUGAAUUAUUUAAGCUGGCUCCAGAGAAGGUGAACGCUGUCAAAGAGGCCAUUGUGAAGUUCGUCAACCAGGAGCUGGACCGCCUGGGCCUGUCCGUGCAGAAUCUAGACACUCAGUUUGCAGAUGGUGUCAUCUUACUCUUGCUGAUUGGACAGCUGGAAGGCUUCUUCCUGCACUUGAAGGAAUUCUAUCUCACUCCCAGCUCUCCUGCGGAAAUGCUACACAAUGUCACCCUGGCCCUGGAGCUGCUGAAGGAAGAAGGCCUCCUCAGCUACCCUGUCAACCCCGAAGACAUCGUGAACAAGGAUGCCAAGAGCACGCUGCGGGUCCUCUACAGCCUGUUUCGCAAGCACAAGCUGAAAGAAAGCACAGACGGGGUGCCCCAGAGGUCCCCAAAUUAAUCAUCACAGCCCCCCAAAGCUGUUCCUCACGGCCUGCCUGCCAGGCCCAGCUGGAGCGCCCUGGGCUGCGGAGGGGCUCCUUGUGGUCCAGCCAGCCCUGGGCCUCCCGGUCUUGUUCUGUGCGUCUGUGGCAUGCCCGCCCCGCCUCUGUCUCCCGUUUCCAUCCUUCUGAAUAUCUUUGAACCCAAUUAGGUGUGGUUUCGUGCUGAGCUAA